AGAGCUCAUACAUGUGAUGUGUGCAAGCUGAGGUGGACAGACAGACAGGAUCCCAGGAUUAAAGCAUAAUGGCGCUCAUAUCUAUAGCUACUUCAAAACCACAAGGGACUCUUCUGUUUUGGGUCUGUCUGUGUCUAAUGGUCUCAACUCUGCAGACCCUGGUACCAAACGAACAGAAACACGCUGUGAGGCCGACUGCAUCAACCCCACCGAUAGAAGUACAAACCACUGCCUACACCAGAGCAGAUCCUGGCCGUGGAGAUGGAGGAACAUUUGGCUGUGCUAACAAGAGCAUCUGUGACAUAUACUGUUCAAUAUGUGUGAACAGUUCCUGGAAAACUCAAAAAUGCUAUGAAAUGAUGGUGCCCUUUUGUAAAUAUAAUUUUGAUUUGGCUAUGGAGUCUAUAAACAGUACUGACUGGUGUUCUUUGGAGAGAGUAAAAAGUGCAUACAACAAUUUCACUGUGUGUACUGAGAUUGUUGCUGAAUGUCUGCUGAUUCCCUGGCCGAAUAAGUUUGUUGAAAACAUAUUUGUGGAUAUCCACACCGCUUAUUUUCAAGAAUGCCCCACAGAGGCACUGAGGGACCCCCCCUCCCGGCAUCAUCCUUGCCCUUGUCAUGACCCCUAUAUGCCUAAUCCCUGCCAUGGUGGUCCUAGUUGUUCUCAAGACUAAAAAUGGAGACAGGAGGUCCUAGAGAAGAUUCCAGGUGCAAGAAGAUUUUGUUCUUAUUUCUUCUUCUGCUUCGUUUCUUCUUCAUUCGGGAUGGUAUCCCACUCCGGGAUAAUGUCCUGGCCCAACACUCCCCUGGAGUGAAUGUGCACCUGGUCGACUCCAGGUUCAAAUAAACCAGCAUGCAGGAUGGCCAUUUGUUUUGGGGGUGACUUCUGACUGGAAAAUGUUACUGUACUUCAAUGAAAUAAUUGGUGGUUAGAAAAGUAUAUUUAUCAUUAACCUACAGC